AGAGUGCUGCAGCGCCAGCUAAAGUUGCAGCGGGAAGAAAAACAGCUCCGUGAAGGACGACGUAAGAUCGCUGUGCAGCAGUCUGUGACACAGUCUGUGCACCAAAAAGGCAGUGUGAUGGUGCAGCAGGACAACAGCAUUCUCAGAAACAGCUCUGUGAAGCAGUCCUAUAUCUGUGACGGAUGACAGUUAGCAGGAUGAAAACAUUUCUCUACAUGCAGCAGCAGUCUGACAAGUCCCAGGAAGGUAAGAUAAGGUAAGGUAAUGUGUUCAACGCUUCAGGUUAAACAGACUGCUGCAGCGCCAGUCUGUUUGCACACAGUCCAUUCAGUACAAAAACAGACUGUGAAGCUGUAGGAGUGUGAAGAUGGGCUGAAGUUGUAGCAUGAAGACAAACAGCUCCGUGAAGGACGACAAACGUACUGAUGCUGCAUCAGGAAAAGAGUCUGCAGGAUGACAAGAUCGCUGUGCAGCAGUCAGUGACACAGUCUGUGCACCAAAAAGGCAGUGUGAUGGUGCAGCAGGACAACAGCAUUCAAAGAAACAGCUCUGUGAAGCAGUCCUAUGUCUGUGAAGGAUGACAAACAGCGGGACAAACGGUCAGUCGGAUGAAAAAAGAUUCCGCAACAGGAGAACAACAGCAAUCUAAAAAAAAAAAACAGCUCUGUGAAGCAGUCCUUUAUUUGUGAAGGAUGACAGUCAGCAGGAUGAAAACAUUUCUCUACAUGCAGCAGCAGUCUGACAAGUCCCAGGAAGGUAAGAUAAGGUAAGGUAAGGUGUUCAAUGCUUCAGGAUAAACAGAGUGCUACAGCGCCAGUCUGUUUGCACACAGUCCAUUCAGUACAAAAACAGACUGUGAAGCUGUAGGAGUGUGAAAAUGGGCUGAAGUUGUAGCAUGAAGACAAACAGCUCCGUGAAGGACGACGUACUGAUGCUGCAUCAGGAAAAGAGUCUGCAGGAUGACAAGAUCGCUGUGCAGCAGUCAGUGACACAGUCUGUGCACCAAAAAGGCAGUGUGAUGGUGCAGCAGGACAACAGCAUUCUCAGAAACAGCUCUGUGAAGCAGUCCUAUAUCUGUGAAGGAUGACAGUCAGCAGGAUGAAAACAUUUCUCUACAUGCAGCAGCAGUCUGACAAGUCCCAGGAAGGUAAGAUAAGGUAAGGUAAGGUGUUCAAUGCUUCAGGAUAAACAGAGUGCUACAGCGCCAGUCUGUUUGCACACAGUCCAUUCAGUACAAAAACAGACUGUGAAGCUGUAGGAGUGUGAAGAUGGGCUGAAGUUGUAGCAUGAAGACAAACAGCUCCGUGAAGGACGACAAACGUACUGAUGCUGCAUCAGGAAAAGAGUCUGCAGGAUGACAAGAUCGCUGUGCAGCAGUCAGUGACACAGUCUGUGCACCAAAAAGGCCGUGUGAUGGUGCAGCAGGACAACAGCAUUCAAAGAAACAGCUCUGUGAAGCAGUCCUAUGUCUGUGAAGGAUGACAAACAGUCAGUAGGAUGAAAAAAGAUUCUGCAACAGGAGAACAACAGCAAUCUAAAAAAACAGCUCUGUGAAGCAGUACCAGAGUCUGUGAAGGACGACAAACGUACUGAUGCUGCAUCAGGAAAAGAGUCUGCAGGAUGACAAGAUCGCUGUGCAGCAGUCAGUGACACAGUCUGUGCACCAAAAAGGCAGUGUGAUGGUGCAGCAGGACAACAGCAUUCUCAGAAACAGCUCUGUGAAGCAGUCCUAUAUCUGUGAAGGAUGACAGUCAGCAGGAUGAAAACAUUUCUCUACAUGCAGCAGCAGUCUGACAAGUCCCAGGAAGGUAAGAUAAGGUAAGGUAAUGUGUUCAACGCUUCAGGUUAAACAGACUGCUGCAGCGCCAGUCUGUUUGCACACAGUCCAUUCAGUACAAAAACAGACUGUGAAGCUGUAGGAGUGUGAAGAUGGGCUGAAGUUGUAGCAUGAAGACAAACAGCUCCGUGAAGGACGACAAACGUACUGAUGCUGCAUCAGGAAAAGAGUCUGCAGGAUGACAAGAUCGCUGUGCAGCAGUCAGUGACACAGUCUGUGCACCAAAAAGGCAGUGUGAUGGUGCAGCAGGACAACAGCAUUCAAAGAAACAGCUCUGUGAAGCAGUCCUAUGUCUGUGAAGGAUGACAAACAGCGGGACAAACGGUCAGUAGGAUGAAAAAAGAUUCCGCAAAAGGAGAACAACAGCAAUCUAAAAAAAAAAACAGCUCUGUGAAGCAGUCCUUUAUUUGUGAAGGAUGACAGUCAGCAGGAUGAAAACAUUUCUCUACAUGCAGCAGCAGUCUGACAAGUCCCAGGAAGGUAAGAUAAGGUAAGGUAAGGUGUUCAAUGCUUCAGGAUAAACAGAGUGCUACAGCGCCAGUCUGUUUGCACACAUUCCAUUCAGUACAAAAACAGACUCUGAAUCUGUAGGAGUGUGAAAAUGGGCUGAAGUUGUAGCAUGAAGACAAACAGCUCCGUCAAGGACGACGUACUGAUGCUGCAUCAGGAAAAGAGUCUGCAGGAUGACAAGAUCGCUGUGCAGCAGUCAGUGACACAGUCUGUGCACCAAAAAGGCAGUGUGAUGGUGCAGCAGGACAACAGCAUUCAAAGAAACAGCUCUGUGAAGCAGUCCUAUGUCUGUGAAGGAUGACCGUCAGCAGGAUGAAAACAUUUCUCUACAUGCAGCAGCAGUCUGACAAGUCCCAGGAAGGUAAGAUAAGGAAAGAAGAGGACAAAGAAGAUCAAACUCCGGAUCACUGAUGGGCCCUGAGUGACACUGCUGACUCAUUUAGCAGAACAAGGUCACAGGCUAGCCUUUCUAAAUUAUAGUUCUCAUAGAGCAAGAGUUUCUCUCUCAGCUCACGUGCACGAUAAAAACCCUGAGCUCAUGACAGUGACAUGACUGACUGAUACAUGCUCUACAGACUGACCAUGACACAUGUCAAUGAUGUUCUGUUGUUGGUGAUUUUAUAUUGUGAGGGUUUAACUUUUCCGACUUUUCAUUCUGCAUCUCAGUGUGUUGUUGUACACAGGAAGCUCACCUUAACAACUUCAACCCUUCUUUUUAGGAGGUGCAGCAGUGGAGGAACUGUGUCAGCAUAAACACCUUUGCUCAAACUGAUUUUCUUUCCUAACCGAUUUCUCUCCUACCCUUUACCUCUGUCCACAGGGUACAGUACAUCAGUAUCAGAGGAGGGUGUGUCUUCUGACCUGCUACAACAGAGGUCUUUUUAUUCUCUGAUUUUUUUGAUUUCUACAGCGACGGCCUGACACAAAAAGCAAACUAUAUGUUCUAUUCAGUCUAACCCUAACCCUAGCUCUGUAGGGUGGUUUAUGCUGCACUAUGGUGCAGAUCUUUCUGCCUCUCAGCUAUCAUUUCUCAGGUCACAGCUGGAGCACCAGUCCGAGGGGGAUAGAGGAUGGCGCAGCAGAGCAGAGCUGGAGCACUGGACGGUCUAGAAACGACGAGAGACUCUGUGUUCAACGUGAAGGCGAGCUGGGCCGGAAAGCCCGGGCAUCAGAUGAGGUUCCAAGGACAACGCAAAGGGUGCAGUGCCACAGCUUCCAGUUCAACCAUGACGGACGAAGGAGGAGCCGAUGGAGCCGAAGGAGCUGAUAGAGAGUCCAACUAUUCCAAUAAAUAAUUUUAUGUCUAUUUAAUGUAAUGAUGCAGGAUCGAUUAAAGAGGUGCUUUCUUGGCCGCUCAUUAAAAUGCCCAUGAGGAGGGGAUUUGUAGUAUAUUUAUGUAUCAUAUUAUAUAUUAUUAUAUACAGUAGGUAGUCAACGAUCUGUUCUGGUCAUGUUAAGGUGCAGUGACUUCCCAUAACCCUUGUUAUAACCCUUGGUGCUAUAUAAAUGAAAUGGAAGUCAAUUGAGAUGAUUUGGUUAUCAGCGACUGCAUGUGCUUUAUAUUACUUUUAUUUGCAGUGAUCAUCAUCUCUAUUUGUUCUUUAGCAAUUUUAUCUAUGCUACAUGUGUCAAUUACACUCGCUUUCAACAGCUUGUGCCAAAUUCCCCUCCCUUCCCACCAUGAGCACAAUUUAUUAUAGUGGCCUGGUAGUCCCACCUCUGGAAUAUGCACAUAUCUUUUUCUCAUUCUUUUCAGUUUGUACUUGCCAGAUUUCCAAUGCAAAUGUUUUUUAAACUCUAGUUUUUUUUUUACACUAUAAUAGCUAAGGUACUGUAUGGUUUAUUUUUUGUUAUAAAUGCAUGGAACCUAACUGUGUUGACAAAUUUGUAAUUCCAUGAAAAUAGGUGUAUGCAAACAUUGGUAGUAUUCACCGACAAUUUUUUAAUAAUCUUUUAUUGAAGAAACCUGGGGGUUGUUUUUGUUUUCCUCAAUUAAGGAGGAAUAUUAUGUUUUCCUAGCAGCACAAAGUGCUUUAUAAUAUAUAUUAUUACACUGUCCUUCCAUGCAAUGCAGUUUACAUUUAUUUUGUUGGAACGCCACUGCCUUUCUAGUUGUCUGGUCCUGUGCCUUAAGCUGCGGAUCUCUGAGUUAUACCUAACCUCCUCUGAUUCACUGCUUUUUCUUCAGAGGAGCCACUGUGUUUAACAUUGUACGUAGAGAAGCUACAGCAUCAUCUACAAGACAGUCAACCUGUUCAUAAGGAUUAAGGUGACUGUUCUCCUCUGUGUAGCUACAAGACAAUGAGGCAAAAGAUGAUGGAAUCUUCUGCUUGAAUCUGGCAACAGCGUUGUCAGAUAAACAUCUGCUAUAGUAAGAUUUCUUUCCAGCUGCUGUAAGGUCAAUUAUGCUAAAUUCAAAAGUUAAUAAGAAAUGGUCAGAUAACAGAGGGUUUUGGGGAAGAACUAUUAAAUUAUCAAUUUUAACCCCAUAUGUCAUGACAAGAUCGAGGGUAUGAUUAAAACAAUGAGUGGUUUCAUUUACCUGCUGUGUAAAACCAAUAGUGUCUAUUAAAGAGUUAAAAGCAGUGCUGAGACAGUUACUGUCAGCAUCUACAUGAAUGUUAAAGUCUCCCACUACAAUGACUUAAUCUGUGCUAAAGACUAAGUCAGAUAGAAAUUUAGAGAAUUCAGUUAAGAAUUCUGAAUAUGGAGCAGUAGGACGGUAAACAAUACAAAACACAACUGGCACUUGCUCCCACUUGCUCAUGGGUAAAUUCAGUCUCAAUUCAGUAAAAGCAGCCAAAACGUUUUUUGUAAAAUCCUUGUAAGAUCUUGAGCACCAUGCCAAAAAAACAUCAGGCUUGUUUUGUUCAAUCUCUUUAAUAAAUUCAGAUUCAGAUGUGGUUGUACACAGCUUCCAUGUGACUGCGCCUACCAUAAUGGUCUAUUGAUAGAUGACUUCUUGGGUGACUUGGAGCAGGGUUCUUGUUUGUCUUGAGUGUAGUCGUUCUCAUCAGGUCAAAACGCUGAAUCUUUUUCAACAGAAUGUUGAUUGCUUCUCCAUCUUGACUGUCAUAAUGCUGCCUGAUAGCUGUUGCUAGGCCACACCUUUUGAGUCACACGGCCCAACUGGGCCUAAGAGAUGGCAUGACAGCCGUUGAGUCUUAAAUCUGUCAAGUUGAACUUGAGGGUUUCAAUCUCAUUGCAACCCAGAUUUUCCAGGAUGUAGAGGAACAGCCUUUGGUUGGUGACAUCACCCUCCACACUUUGAGUAGAUUUGAUGGUCUGCAGUUCUUCAUCGUUUAUCACGCCAUGUGCAAACAGAACAUCUGCAACAUAGUUCAGUCGGUCCAUGUUUCUUCACUGGGAGUCCUUUUUGCAGACCAAGGUUUUAUGUACUUCAUUCUGGUUCCAGUUGAAUGAAUAGGGUCGUCUAGUUGGAUGAAUGGAAGUCAUCCGACCAGACCACAGUUUUUUAUUUUGGGUGAAGUUUUAAAGUAGAAUUUUCCUCAAUCUGUUCAAAAUUUCAAAAGGAGGUCCUUUUGUCACUUGACCAACCAACCUACCAUCAACCAAUACUUAAUUUUCAUCACACUGAAGGUCUGAAUCUUUGUUCCAGGUUUACACUUUGAUCCUGCUUUGGUGCUAGACGAGUUGAUAGAGGGGGUCCUUAGUCUGCUGCUUAGACUGCUGCUGCUUCUGCUUUUGACGGAAUCAAGGUAGUAGCUAUUCAGAGGACUCGUUUGCCAAGGUGCCCUCUGGAGCCAAAGGAUAGUUGCUGCACACUGAGCUCUGCAGCCAACUAGUGGGUACGUCCACUAAGGCAACUGGGCUUUUCUUGGAUUGAGAUGUGCGCAGCAAGUGACUGACACCCUCCCGCUUGCACACGAUCGGUCCAGCGAAGCUCAUGCAGUAACGAAACAGGAGAUAUAUGUAGUAUCUGGACAGUUUGCGAAGCUCACUCGCUAUCUGAUCGGGUAUAGGAGUCUCAUGACCCAGCGUGCUGUUGCAUUCCAUGCGGUGGAGAGAUUCCACAUCGGCUCUGGGCGUGUACAAAGUAUCAGCUCUCUGCCACAUACCGCGCAAGAGCUGCAAUGUCGCUUGGAGCGAGCGUCCUUCUUUGAACAAUGUCUCCUGCAGCAACCCCGUAGCCGGUGCACCAGCUAUUAUUAGGCACUCAAAGAGUGACACAGAGGCGUGUUCAGAGAACACAACUUCUCUUCGACCCCAACCAGACAUAUCCUCUUGACACAGACGACGCGAUGCAGCGAGAAGCUGAAAGGGCGCAAGUCGGGAUUCAAACCGGCAGCAGCCUAAAACGUUUGCAAGAAAUGGUUCGGCGUUACAAUCUCUACCACGUUAAGACUUUGCAUUACAAGGACACACGAGGUGUGCUGGACUGGCUUGGAGCGAAAAAUAGCAAUUUUACCUUCGGUACAGAAGAAGACACCGUUUUAGUACUCGAGAGGUUUCUAACACAGCAUCAGAUGAGAAACGUCAAAAUUGUGGGCCCCUACGAAGAGCCUGAAAUCGAGGGGAACGAUCGACUGGUGGUGCACACGAAACAAGAAUUUGUAGACAUGAGCUGUGAGACUGAUGCCCUUGCACUGUUUUUGGUGAUCAAAUGCACCGCAAUUUACUCUCAGGAUCUUGUCAAGUUAAUCAGGGACACAAAGAAAACGGUCACCAAUAGGAUAACUCCUAUAUUCCCCACGUUUGCCACUCGUUCCAAAGACCACUUUGAACCUCUCUCUCAGAAGACGCAGCCUGUGUUAAACGGCGUGUUACUCUCAAGCUACAAGACGUUCGAACCUAGGAGGUGCGUUGUCAGCGACAUGACCGUAGACAGUUUUGAGCAAAAGUGCGAUCCUAUUUGGUGUACAACAAAAAUGCAUCCGUGGAACAUAUACACCGAUGUAGCUCACCAAUUUAAAUGUGAAUUUGACAUAGAAGAACUGAUCACGACCCCAACGACUGUGCUAGGACGGGGAGGCUUCGGGGUGACGGUUGCAAUAAAUGAUCGCCUUGUGGCAAAAACCAACUUGUGUCCUGAAAAGAUAAAUUGGAGCGUGCCUUUCGCUCAAGAAGAAUUUGACAGCUGCGCGCACAUCGCCUCCCUGGUGGAGGAAGUCAUGAUCGGGGUCUCCAUGAAGCACCCAAACAUCCUGCGUACAUUUGGAGGCUACUGGUGCAGCAGUCCUGGCUACCAGAUAGGAGGUAGAGCCGUGCUUGUGAUGGAACGAGCCCUGUGCUCUCUGCAGGAAUUCGUGUUUUAUUUUAAUGAGACCUCAGUCGUGCCUGCCGUGGAACUGGACACGCUGCGAGGCCUAGAUUACUUGAGAUCAAUAGCUAUCCAACACAGGGACUUGACGCACAGAAACAUCUUGGUCUGCCACCAGCCGAACAGAAGACCCAUACCUUUUGCUUUUAAAAUCAGCGACUUUGGCUCAUCGUGCAAUUUUUCUACCCUCGAUCAGCCACGAGGCAGGGGCACUACCACGGCUCCCGAAGUGCUGUGGUGCUUUGCCUCUGACACCUCGAGUGACAUAUUCAGUUGGUACUCUGUGAUGUGGGAGCUACACAGCGGCUCGCCUCUGGUACUAUACAAGGCGGGCCCCGAAAAACUGUAUUGUCCAAGGACCUACGCCGAGAACCUAUCUAAUUUGGUGGGCGUUUACACCACGACCAGUGACGAAACGCUUGCUCUUGACUGCAUGAAAGCCAUCGACGCUCAAGCACUGCACGCAAAGCACAAAAAUAAAAGGCCUACUGUACAGAUGAUACUGGAAAACCUUAAAAACAUGGGCAGCCGCAUAGCGGACAAGAGUUUUAUUUCCAUGGGAGUGCUGUGCAUUACGCUGUUUCCCCAAGAGAGAUGGUCUCCUUCUGGACUGCUGAAGCUCGGUCGAUACCAGUGUUUGAGUCAGGACAUCGGCGACGCCCUCGUGGCUCAAGAACAGAUACCGUCGUCCCUACGACUUGGCGACUAUAAACCCACGGACAUCAUAUGUAGCAAGGACUGCGUCCCAGAGGGACUCGCGGCGACGGAGCCGUCCCAGACGAUGGAAUCACACAUUACGGUUACCAAGUCAGACUCCAAAGUGUACUACGGAAAAGACGUCUUUAGUUUAGCUCCUGAUCUCAUCCAGCCAUACGAGUGGUACUCAAAAAAAGUCAAAGAGCUUCAAGAUGUCCACAGGUUUAGGAAACGUAAGACCAGUGACACAUAUAGCUGCGCCAAAGUCAAGCGCUCGGUUCCCCACGACCUGAAAGAGCUGCUCUCUGUACGGUCCAGCGUGGCUCACAGCAGGGAAAGCUCCACCGUAAACCCAAGGGGGCGAGUUUCAGAGGAGGAGCCUCUUUCCAGAUCCGGAAAUCUUGAAUGGAGUAACUGUAACAUCAUCGGCUCCGCGUCCAGUGACUCCACAGGAACUCUAAACUCGAGGGAAGUUCAACUAGGGUUCGGCCCAGGAGACCUCGUCCAAGGGGAGAUUAAAGGAAGUGUAACCGCUGCAAGUGUCAAAGAUGCACGGCUGCCGCGGGGUGUGGUGAUUUAUCGGAGCAGGAAAAUCGAGGGGGAGAUGGACACCAGCAUGGUCAUUCUCAAAAGCCGGAACGAGGAGGAGAUAGCCCGUUUCAAAAACAAUGUUAUCCUUCUGUCGCAAAGCAUGACCCAAAAGCACCCUUUCCUUUUUGCCGGUCCCCGAGAUGGCUUGUAUAAGUGUUCAAAGGAUGACGGAGUGUUUGUGUUUCAAUACGCGCAGCUAUUCCACGGGUGCAAGCAGGUGUGCAGCUGGGACACGACAGACGCGCCUUACACGGCUCACGCUUUCCUCUUGCAAGUCUUUCUCACGCUCAGGGCAGCUCUAGAAGUACAACUGUUACCUAUGCUCACGAUCAAUUUGAGCGAUCUUUUGAUAGGCAAUGGAGCCGUGAUGAUUGACGUGGUCUCGUAUCUCAAAAAUAACUUCAAUGAGCCCCCGUCCUCAAUGUUUGGCAACCGAUGUGAGAGCCUGGUUGGCAUCUGUACUAGUUUGUUGACAAAGCACUUGCCCGACUCAAGCCUGCACAAAGAGCUGUGGGGGCUGAGCCUCUGGACGCCUGCGUCCCACGUGCUUACGAAGUCAAUCGACUGGUUGAGAAACUUUGAGCAAAGUGAAAGAACAAGGCCUUCUAUUUUAACCCUAGACGGUAACUGUUUUACGUUCAGGGAUUAUUUGUUCGGCAUUCCCAAGUGGCUGACACGCCUGGGUGAGGAGGAACAAACAUGUGACAGAAGCAGCACAGGACUCCUGGUAUACGGACAUCCAAAGCCAUUCCGAGGCGACCAGACUGCGGAGGGCGUGGAUAACGCCAUCCUGAAAAAACUGAUUAGGAACAUAGUGCUGAGGAUGAAAGUCAAGGUAUUUGGAUCGACGAGACUUGAAGUGACUGUUCUCAACUGCACACAGGGUUGGAUGAAGGUCACUCUGGAAACGUCUGUGCUCUCUGGGUUUCCAGGCAUAGAUCAACUAGACCGAUUGAAGAUACUGGACGGCAACUGUUUCACACAUGACGUUGCAUCGCAGACUGAGUCCAAGUGGGCCCCUGUCAUAAAGUUUGCCAAAUGUCAGCAAAACGGACCUGAGCAAGAGUUUGUUUUACACUAUUACAAGAUGACAAUCCUAAUAGUUCUACUGAGCCCUUUGGGAUCAGUAAAAUCUCUGAGGGAGUUGUUUUGUAACAUGCCAUUAAGUGUGACAAAUUACUAAUGUAACGUGUGCAGAUUCCCACUUUCCCUCACUUGACUGAUCUGCCUUCUGGUUAAACAAGAAGAAGAUUCCUCUACCACUAACAAGGUUAUUCUCAUUUUAUGCCAUUGUUUUCAUCAUGAUGAGUAUUUGUAAUAACCUGUAGUGUUAUUUAAGUUAAUUUUAUUAUUUCAUUUUUUUUUGCUUUGUUAGAAAAAAAUACAUCAAACCCUUGGUUGAUGUGGGCCAUCUGGGUUUAUUUCAUAUGUAAACAUCCUGUGCUAGCUUUGGUUUUUAUUUGAACGAGCUUAUCCUCCCCGUUAUGGCUGUGUUAUUGCUUACUUUGCUAACAAGAAAAAGAAACUUCUUUUUAAUAUUUUAUUUGUACAUAUUAUACUUGAUUCCAUACUACUGUACUUGUAUUGAUUAAAACUAAAUGUACUGACAGUUUUAUAGGAGUAAUUGAAUAAAAAAACUGACAACCAUUCCACAGACUCUGAAAGUCGGCUCAUUGCCUCUGAUAUUCCUUCUUUAGAGCAGAAAAGUUUUACCACAUGUCCAUGAAGCUUCUUCAGUUUGGGGAAAGUUACACAUUGUCCUGUGUAGAUCACCUCACCUAUCUUUCGUUCUACAAAUCUGCGUCUUUUAUGGGGGGGGAUUUGUUGAGAAACGUUGUAUUCCAGAAAGAAGUCCAGGUGCAAUGACUCACCUGAAAGAUGAGAACUUUCACCAACGUUCAACAAACUCAAACCGUUUAUUAUUAAUUAAUUAUUUAGGGUUUUGUGUACAAUCAAUGCCACCCAGUCAUGCAGGAGCAUCAUCAUCAUCAUUAUAUUCAUGAUUUUAAGGGUUUAUUUCAAUUUACUUGUGCACUGUUGGUAAUUAAGUGAUGACGAAAAUGGGUUUAUUUUAUAGCACACAAACCACACAAAUCUCAUCGGUCCUUCAGUUUUCUGUAAUGACAGAAUUUGUAAUUAGUCAUAUCUUAUUUUGCUGGUCUUCUUAUAAAUGAAUACCAAUAUGCAUAGGUGCUUUGAGAGUGAUGUGUUUGCCUUUUAAAUUUAAAUUUUCAAUGUUACUAAGUUAAAUCACAUACCUUGUUUGUCAUUCAAUUACAUAUCUUGUUUUGCAUCAUUCCAACUGGUGUUGUCCUAUUUUUCUGCAGAAAGAGAUGUGUUUUGUCACUGAAUUGAAGUACAACCCUAAAAGUUGACACGCAGUAGAGUCCCACAACUUAAGCUAAUCAAAGAAACCUCAUUAGAAACCUACGGUACGAGUAAAGGAGGAGUAGAACAGAUUAACUUCAAAAUUAAAUGAGUAAAAAUACAUUUUAGACAAAUGGUGCAAUGUAAAAUAAAUAUGGUAGGCUUUACUAGAAAAAAAAAAAACAAUGGUUUUUGAAGAAGUCAGCUUCAGGACUGUAACACACUGUAAGAGGAAGAAAUGGGAACGCAUCCAUUGCCUAAACACUGCCUUAUUCUCUGGGUGCACCCACAAUGACAGGAAGCAACAAAAAAGCAAAGAAUUAAGUUUUGCAUGUUUCCCAUUUUUACAUUUAUAGCUGACAGGACAACAGAGGAGCAUGGUUUAUUUUAUUUGUUUCUGUUAUUUCAGAUCAUCACUAUUAUCAUAUGUAUACAUCUAAACAUAAAAAUGUAAACUUACUAGGACUUUAGGAGUCUUGAUAUCUGAUUUAGUGCUUUUUAACCCUUUGUUACCAUUAGGACGCCUACAUUUUGUUUCUCCACUCUUCACUAUUGGAAAAACAAUCUUUUAUCAACAUUGAUAAGAUGACGAGAUAAAGUAAACGAGACACUGUACUUGUAUCGGUAUCCUCAUUUUAUUGCACUCAACCACACUUAUUUAGGUAUGGCACUGCAAGCAAACUUUACAACUUUUUAAAACCAUACUUAUCCAGAGUAUUGACAACAACCUUCGGGUUUUCUGCUUUAAAAUCCGGAUCAGAAAACGUAGCUGACAGGACAACAGCGGAGCAUGGUUUUUCUAACUGUGAAAGGCACAGACCGUUUGCCAACCCUUCUAAAUAUUGUAUCAUGCUAGCACUUUGGGGCCCAGGUGUGGGCUGUUUUUUUUUUCUCAGCACCCUGGAAGACAUGUUAAAAACCGUCCUUCACAUCGUUAUCAUAUAGUCCAUUCCAUGCAUCCUAGGCUCUGUCCCAUUAGAUAUCUUGUCUAGCGUAGGUUGACCGUAUGAUUCAUGAUCAGAAUCGGCUUUUGUGUAGCUCUCUACAGAAGGUGGAUCGGCAGAAUAGUAUAGGCGAUUGCCCAGUCUUUCCCCUUCCUCUUGGUAGAGGUCUCGUUGAUUGGUCUUGCUCACUUUUUCAGCCUCUUGACUUAACCUCUGCUCGUGGGACUUUGGAGCCUCGCAAUAUACGCCAAACUCUUGCUUUUCGGUGUCUCGUUGCUCUUUCGCUGGCGUCUCACAUCUAGGAGUGACGUCAAAUCUGUCUUGCCUUCUUCCGAGUUCAAAGUCAGGCUCAGAGUCGGUCUCACUGAUGUUUGAGCGAUUGCUGAAUGUUGCUCUCCUUAUCUCUCGCCUUUGCUUCUCCUCCACUUUCUCCCGGUCGGGUUCAGAGUCUGUCAACUUUUCAGAAUUCAAAUUGGUCAUCUGUUUGUUCACAGCAGCCUUCACUCGGCACGUUCCGCUCUUCUCCUCCUGCUCCGACUCAGUCUCACUUGCAAGUGUGUGAAUGCUUUUAAAAGGAGUCCUCUUUGUACCGCCCCUCCACUUCUCCUCCCCAUCCAUUCGUUUAGACUCGGGGAAGGUUUGUCUUUUGUCAGCAGUCUUUGCAUUUUUGUGUCUCUUGUUUUUUUUCUUUCUAGCUGUCUGGAUUUCAUCUGCAGCACGCGAGGCAGACACACUGUGCCUCUCCUCGGUCCGGCGGCGGUUCCUCUUUGUACGUUUCACACGCUUUACGUCCGGCUUCAUCGACUCCUCUUCCUCAGAGGAUGUUUGCAAUGUACGCUUAUACCCCUGAACGUUGUCUUUUGCGCCACAUUGUUUGGUACUCCUAUCUUCCUCUGACUCCUCAUUUUCACUGGGGCUGUAUCUGUUCUCGAUAGGCGUGUCAUCUAUGAAGCUGUCGUUAGCAUAGUGGUCAGAACACUCAGCAUUGUCGUCGUCCACCGUGUACUGUAAACUGUGCACCUUGUCUUCUUCUUCUCCGUAAGACUCCUCUUCAGUGUUUAUUUCCUCUGCCAUACUCAGCCAAAUGCUGUUGUGUUGUGGCCUUCGCUUUCUUGAUGUGCCAGCCUUCCUGGACAUAGAUGAAGCUGAAAAAAAAAAAGAAAUAAAA